UGACCGGGUGCACAUUUAUACUUGUUAUUUCAGUAAGAAAAAAAAAAUUUAUGACCGAAUGAACUCAUUAAUGUAUAUAGGAAAUGCGUCCCUUCAACAUGGCGGCAUCUGUAGUGUCUGGAUGGGUCCAAAAUUAUACGUCGUAAUCACAGACCCUGAGACACUGGAGCUGCUGUCGAAGACAUGCCUUGAGAAAGACCACGCCACUAUGAAGUUCAUUCGUCUUUUGCUUGGCAACGGACUCAUAUUUGCCCCAGGUAAAAUCUGGCGUGCACGUCGCAAAGUCAUGGCUCCUACAUUCAAUAUAAAAAAUCUCCAAGAGUUCGUGCCGAUAUUUGACAAACAGAGCAUUAUAAUGACGGAGAAACUGAGUGAUAAAGCGGGCCGUGGCAACUUUUCCUUUUGGGACUAUGUCACAACUUACACUUUUGACUCUAUUUGUGAGACAGUCCUCGGCAUCGAAUUAAAUGCGCAGAAGCAUCAAAACCACCCUUUUAUUACCGCAUUUGACACCAUCACUCACAUCCUUGCGAAACGAAUCCUGUCACCCUGGUUGUAUUGGGAUUGGAUCUUCCGACUAACAUCAAUGUAUAAGAUUUAUGAAGAUAAAAAAAAAUAUUUUUACGACUUUUUUGAUGAGACAUUACGAGCUAAAAGAAAACAUCUUCGCGAGACAUCUCAGCAUGAGCGUAAAACCUUCCUGGACAAGAUGAUCGAGUCCUCCGAAGAAGCCCUUUACUCGGACGUCGAGCUCCGCGAGGAGAUACUGUCGAUAGUGUCGGCUGGCACCGACACGUCCGCUGUCGGCACUGCGUUCACUGCUCUCAUGCUGUCCAGACACCCCAGGGUUCAAGAGAAGGUGUAUGAUGAAUUGAGGGAAGUGUUCGGCGACUCCGACCGGCCUGUUACCUGGCGAGACCUACCAAAGCUGAGGUACCUAGAAAUGGUGAUAAAGGAGACCUUGCGACUGUACCCACCAGCGCCGGUCGUCGUGAGGGAUGUUCACGAGACCAUUGUACUUCCUAACGGGACGACUUUAGUGCCGGGCACAGGAGUUGCGCUCCACUUCUGGGGCACGCACCGCAACGCGCGGUACUGGGGUCCCGACGCGGAGCAUUUCCGCCCGGAGCGCUUCCUGGCGCCCCUGCGGCACCCCGCGCAGUUCGCGCCCUUCAGCUACUCGCUACGAAACUGUAUCGGUGCAAACUACGCCAUAAUGUACAAGACGAACCUGACCAACCUGCUCCGGCGCUACGCGCUGCUGCCGCCAUCUGGCGUGUCAGCCGAGGAGCUCGCGCGCCCGCUGCGGCUCAAGUUCGACAUCAUGAUGAAGCAUUGCGACAAGUUUCAGCUCAGGAUCGAGCACAGAAAUAAGGAAAAACUGAUCUAAAAAUUAAUUUUUGUAUCACUGGUUAUCCUUCUCCAUAAUAAUUAUUAUGUAAUUUGUUCUACGAAAUAAGCCUUUGUACUAUUUAUUCAGAAAAAAAAAAACAACGAAUGCUAGGUUUUUUCACAA